GGAGGGGACAAACCUGAGCCUAGCUGGCGGUGUGUUUUCAUAGGGAAUCACUCUUGUUGGUACUGAUUCCGUCCGCUAUUUGCCAAACCCUCGUUUCCCCUGAGGUGAAAGAGAAGCCGGUACUUGGAGGAAGGAUGUAUUGAUCUGUGUGUCUGCAGAGUGCUUCUCCAUCGGAUUCCUCCAUGCGUCAGCCCCGGGAAUGGAUCAGGAAUCCGCUGCGUCGUCUGGAGGCAAUUUGAUCUCCCUGACUGAACAUGAGCAGAGGUAUUACUCAGGUCUCCACGCUCUGUGCCAGGCUGACCCUCCGGGAAAGCUGUCGUCCAGCAAAGUGGCGGAGCUGUUCAAGGCGUCUCAGCUACCUCCAGAAUCCCUGCAUAAAGUCACCGAGGUGUGUGGAGCAAAGCACCUGGGUUACUUUGGUACAGCCCAGUUCUACAUUGGCCUGAAGCUGCUAGCAGCUGUCCAGUCUGGUCUGCCCAUCCACCUGGAAAGUGUAACCGGCACAGAUAUACCUCUGCCCAGAUUUGCUGGGCUUAAGAAUGAGCCAGAGAUGCGAUACACAGCAGUUCCUCCUGGCACGGACCCUCAAGGGGCUGCACCUGGUUCAGUCGCCUGGAACCCUGCAGAUAGGUGUACCUUCAGACACCUGGAGGCCAACACAGACAAGAAGGAGUCUUGGUCCCCGCCUCGAUCCCCAUGCAGCUCACCCUCUCGCUCUCCUCUGAGUUAUCGCAGCUACCCGUACUCAAAGCAGAGAAAUGGCGUGGACACACAGAUUUCUUAUGACAGCAAACGUUCCUCUCAGCCGAUCGUUCAGCUGGAGCAGCACUUCUCGCCCAGCCAUUAUGUAAGAAAACUCACUGUGGAGCAUCCAAGCAUGGCUCAGGCUUCUUCUGUAGAGAGGCUCAAUCAGCAGGUCACGGUGAACCAUUCUGACGAUGACCCCUGGAGGAUCACAGCAGAACAGCUGGAGUAUUACACAAAUCAAUUUAAAACCCUCCAACCUGACCUGGGGGCUCUCAUCUUAGGAGCCGUAGCAAAGAACUUCUUCACUAAAUCCAAGCUCCCAAUACCAGAGCUCUCCUACAUUUGGGAGCUGAGUGAUGUGGAUCGGGAUGGAGCGCUGACGUUCACUGAGUUCUGCAUUGCCUUUCACCUGAUUGUUGCUCGGAAGAAUGGUUACCCCUUGCCAGACAGGCUCCCUCCGACUCUGCAGCUGGGGUUCACACAGUAUGAAGAGGAGCAGAUACCUGAUACUGCUGAGAGUUCAGAGCCUUUGAUUGUCUUUGAGGAUACAGUACCAAGGCACUGUCAGGUGGAUCCAAGCAGUAUAGGGAGGCUUGAACCAAAAUUGGCCUCAAGGAAACAAGAUUUGCAAGAAGAAUCCCUUAAGCAAGACACAAGUGUGAAACGUUUGGCCUCAUCUCGAGUGAAACCCACUCUGCAGCUGGGAGCUUUUCCUGAGAAACCUGUGCCACAUCAGGAUCUAGACCCACAGAUGAGGGCAAAAACAAGACAAAGGUCAUACUCCAGCACUUCCAUUGAAGAUGCCAUAAAGAAGGCAGAGGAACCACCAACCCCUCCGCCUCGCCCUCAGAAAACCCACUCCAGGGCCUCCUCGCUGGACCUAAACAAGCUCUUCCAGCAGGGGGCUCCAGCAGUGAAAAGCGGAUGGCUGCUGCCUCCUCCAGCUCUCCCUCCCCGGCCAUCAACCUCACAGGUUCCUCAUUUUCUAGACGUUUCAGAGCUAGCCUCCCAGAGUAAAGUGAAGCAACCAAACUUUGCUGACUUCAGUCACUUCAAAGAAGAGGAGGAGAGCAGCAUAAAACUGGAAGAGCAGGGCUCGAGGUUUGGACUGAGUUCUGAAGACCUGACAAGUACUUCCAAACAGGACGUCUCUGGCACUCCUCACAGUCAAGCACCACAAAAGCCGAUUCGAAGGAAAUACCACCCAGAGAGCCAGAACCUGGAGACUGGAUCUCCUCCUCCUGCCAUGCCUUUUCCUCCGCCUGCCAAACCAAGCCAAAAGCUGCUGUCACAACAGAAGAGAGAAAUCCAAAUGGCAAUCCGUAAGAACCGGGAAACCAACAUGGUGUUGAGGCGUCUCAACAGCGAGCUCCAACAGCAGCUUAAGGUGGUUCACCAGGAGAGAGUCACCUUGGAAUCCCAGCUGGAGCUCCUUCGGCCUCUGGCCUCUACAUGACCGGGUCCUGAGGUCUGGUUAGGGUCAUUGAGCCGGCCUUGCACAAAAAUGCACCAGCUUGGAUUCUGUUAAAGAACAUUUGAAACUGAAGGUUGUUUUUCUUUUAAAUGUCAUGUGAAUCUCAAAGGGCUCAGACAUUUUAGAAGCAAAAAUGAAUUGUUGACUUGACAGGAAUCAUUGUUUAAUCAUAAACUCCUGUCCCAUCUCUGUAGAUUAGAUUUAAUGAUAACGUGCAGGAAUGAAUUGUGUAAUCAUAUAUUAGCACAUGUAAAAUAUCAUGAUUCUAAUUUAUUUUUUUCCUGUCUGAUAUCCUGUUAGUUUGUACAUGUAAUAGUUUACAGCAAAUGUAGUAGUUUGCACACAU